UUAUUAGUGAUUGUUGUGUGCAUAAAAAUUAAUAUUUGAGAUUAAAAAUGGAAGUGGAUAUUGAAAAUAAUAGUACUAUGGACAAAAAUCCAAUGUUGUGGUUCGAAUUUCUAGUCGAUCCAUCAUUGUUAAUACCUCAUUUAUCAAAACCAAAACCUGAACCAUCACCUACGGAGUUAAUAAUAAAACUAUUAACAUGCUAUCAAAAUAAUAAUAAUAUUGAAUCUCAAGAAUUCACUCUCCGUGGUAUAGGCCUUAAAAUAUUAGCUUUAAAAAUAGCUGCAUAUUUAAAAUGGGAUGUGAAAAUAUUCCAAUCAAAAUUACCACUACCAAUUCAAAUAAAAUUAUUGGAAGAUUUAGUUUAUAUAACCACCGGAAAAGUGACUCGAAUGGCUAAACAAUUGUUAACGGUUAACAUUGAAUCGGUCCCAAAUGAAGUAUUAUUUGCUGCAACACUUUGGCAUCGAUGGAUUGUUUCCGGUUUAGUUUAUCGUGGUAUUCAACAAAAAAAUGCUCGUUUGCAAAACAUACAAUUACCGUUUGAUAACACAAUCGGAAAUACACAAAUUUCCGAAGAGUUUAAUCGAUUUAUCGAUAAUCUUGUAACAGAUAGUAUUAAAUUUUUACAUGAUUUAUUGAAUAACGGUCGUGUACCCCAAGUUUUAUCGGUAGAUACAUUUGUCGCGUUAACUGAUACAAACUCAGAAGUGAAACAAAAUUGGGAUGCUACCGUGAAAAUUUCGAUUGAUGAAUUUCACUCACAAAUUCAUUACGAUUUAGCAACUUUUUAUUUUUAUCAAAAAGUUUGGCAACAGAGUAAAGUACAUUUUAUAAAGUGUUUAGAAUUUUAUCAAAAUCAAGAAUUACAGAAAGAAUCAUUUUUAAAUUUUAAGUAUUUGGGUGAACUAAAAGGAUAUUUGAUCGCGAUUGGGGAAAGUUUUAAUGGGUAUCAACCAAGUUUAUUGUAUAAAUUUUACUUAUCAGUUCGAAAUGGAUUUGCUGGUACUGUUAAUAUUAUGCAAAUAGAUAACGUCGAACGAUCAUUACCGUUAAUACAUCGACAAUUGACCGAAAUUGAAACUAUGGGUGCCUUAUAUUGUGAAAAAUAUUACGUUGCUAAAGAUAUACUCAUACAAUUUGCUACCCUUAAUUUAGUACGAGACAUCGUGGAAGGUAAUACCAUAUGUCCGACAAAAGUUAUCACCCUGUUAAAAAAUCACGGCAAUAAAGCAUUUGAUUUACUCUUGGCUGCUGUAAUUGCCGUAAUUGAUCAAGUAAACGAAACAGAAUGUAAACAUCUUAAACAUUUUUUCAUACAUAUGGCGUUAUAUAUGAAUAAAAAUUUCAAAAUAUUAUAUGAAAGUCCAAAAUUAUCUCGAAUUUUUACUGAUAAUGAUAAAACACAAUUAAAUAAUUUACUUGAUCCUGCACCAACAUCGGUUCCUUGCUUUGAAACAAAUUUAAAUUUAAAUAUCUCGAAGGAAUAUUGUAAUGUGUUUUUCGAACAAAAAUUACUACAACGUAAUAUAAUCCAAUGCUAUGAUUUUAAAAAAUUACAAAGUUUAGUUGUUGAAUGGCAUAAAAAAACUCAAGGAAAAUCAUUAUUACGAAUUAAUCCAAAAUGGCAAUUACCCAUUCCUUUACAAAGUGUUGUUAUGUCGUUAGAGGAUCCCAUGUUACAAAGUAUUGCUUAUUUAAUAUUAGCAAAAGGUCGAGAAUUAAUGUUAGCUAAAGAUUAUAAAAAUUCUUUACGUAUGUAUUCUCAAUUCGAUACAAAAUCGAUUAAGAAUAGUACAAAUCCUGCUACUCUUAAAUUAUGGAAACUUGUUUCUUGGGAAAUAUUGUUGGUAAAAGUUAUUCAAUACACGGAAGAAUGGCCUGCGAAUUAUUUAUCCAAAGAUGAUAAACGAGAUUUAAUAUCUAAGUGUGAAGAAUGCUUGUUAUCUCAACCAACUGAUUAUGUUUCGAAUGUUAUCCCUCGAACUGAAUUAAUAGAACAUUUCUCAUUAUUUUUAUUAAACGUUGGAGAAUGGGAAUUUAUCGUAAAUUUAGAAAAACGUUGGAAUUAUUUUGAAUUGACGACAACAGUGGCUCAUGCAUGCCAAGAUUUAAUUAAAUAUAAAGGGACAAAAAAAUUAAAUAAAGAUGUUUGGGAAUUAGUAUUACCAGUUUUUGGUCCUUCGAGCCAGAAUCAACAACAAAAACGUGGAAAUCCAAACUCUCAUCAUCGUGAUUCACCUAAUGCUAAGAAUAAACUGAAUUUAUUAGGAUUUAUUGGAAGUUUACGUAACGAACAUGCACUAAGUUUAAUGAUAGCUUUAUUAGCACGAUUAUAUAAUAUUUUAAAAGAUGAAAGUAGUUUGGAAUUAGUUGUGGAACAUUUAUCACUUUGGCCAGCUGUUGUUAGUAAUGCAAAUUCAUAUAAUAGUAAAAGUGUUAGCGAAAUUCUUUGGGAAACAUUGGAAAUAGCGUUACAACAUUAUCCAAAUAAUGCAUCAUGGUUAAAAUUAAUGGGAGAUAUGAAUUUUUGUAAUGAAUAUCCUGAAGCUGCCCUAAAAUGUUACAUAAAAUCAUUAAUUGUGGCCACAGAAUAUUUUACACAAUCGGUUCAAAAAAGUUUAUUUGAUGAUCAUACUGUCAAGCGUAUGAUUAAAUGUUGUAUCGAGGUAAAUUGUUAUACGCAAGCUGUAGUAUUGUGUCAAUUUUUGGAACAAGUCGAUUACACAACUGCUUUUCAAUGUUUGAGUGAAAUGAAACCAGGCAAUUGUCAAGAUGCAAUGGACGCGUAUUAUAGUUGUAUUUGGGACACAACACUUUUAGAAUAUUUAAUUUAUUUACAUCAUAAACGUGGCGAAGAGCAUCGUAAACGUGAAGCUAUUAAAAUUAUUGGACAAUUAGAAUUAAAUUCGAAUAAUUCAGAUGAGAUUAAACGUGAAGCUUCUGAAAUACGAAAACGAAAGUUUAUGCGUGCCAUGGCAAAACAGUAUGUGAUUAAGUAUCCAAUUUGAAUGGAAAUUCAAUUA